AUGCCGACAACAAGGCAAAGCAGUAAGGACACAUACACAAUCAGAGGCACCAACAAGAUCGUUAGAGCUGGAGACUGUGUUUCGCUACGCCCAACCGUAGUGAGCAAGCCGAUCAUGGCUCGUGUGGAGAAGAUCGAGCAUGAUGACAUGAACGGCAAGAGGGUCCGUGUUCGAUGGUACUAUCGACCGGAAGAAGCGAUCGGAGGACGCAGAUCGUUUCAUGGAGAUAAGGAGCUGUUUUUGUCUGAUCAUUAUGAUGUUCAUCGUGCUGACACCAUUGAAGGGAAGUAUUAUGUGUACUCUUUGAAGAAAUACACUAAGCUUGCGACUGUAGGUGCUGAAGAUUACUUUUGUAGGUUUCGCUACAAGGUUGCUACCGGGGCUUUUAAACCUCGUCUUGUUCAUGUGUAUUGUAAAUGUGAAAUGCCUUAUAACCCAGAUAGGUUUAUGGCGAAGUGUGAGACAUGCGGUGAAAGGUUCCAUCCUGAAUGUGUGGGCAUAGCUUUUGAAAAAGCCAUGAGAAUGCAGGAUUUAGGAUUUGUUUGUGCUGAAUGUUAUCCAUCUGAUUUGGAUUAG